UCCCAGCGCACAGCUGCGCUAUCGUUGCCCAUCCUGUUCUCCCCCAUCCACCUCGGUAUGCCCUCCCUACAUCGAAUUCAUUUUCGGUCCUCAUCCGCCUCCUCCAGCGUUCGUCCCCCUCCUCCUAAUCCUCGCAAGGUUCGCAUACGCACAGGCGAAGCACCUCCUCGGAUCAUCCAAAGCGAACAGCAAGCACAUGAGCCUCGUUGUAAAAUGGGGUCGGGAGAGGCUGCACUUCUCUGUCCCCCCACCCAACACGAAGCUGGGUGACUUCCGAAGAGAGAUCGCCGACUAUACCCAGCUGCCGAGUGGCUCAUUCAAGCUCAUCCAUGCCGGAGCUGUGAUGAAAGACGAUAGCGCGCCGAUUUCCGCCUAUGGCAUCAAGCCUGGCAGCACCAUAGCCCUCGUCGGCGGCGGCGAGCCCAUCAAGCCCCCUUCGUCGAAAGCCUCCUCUGCUCAGGCCCACAAGGCACCCCGCACGGAGGAGAACACCAUCUCGCAGAUUCGGGGCGAGCUCGACAAGGUUCGGGCUACUCUUCAGCCAGACGUGGACGCCUUCUUGGACGCACUCGCGCCUGCGCACGCAGCUGCACAUGUCGGUCCCGAACCGAAGGUGCCCGCUCUACCCAUGAAACCUGCAUCCGCAGCGCCGUCGGGGUCACUCGACCUCGGCCGAGAGCAUGUGAGACUCGGCGAGCUGCUCUUGCAGAGCCUCCUGCGUCUGGAUGCGAUCACUACGGAAGGCGAGUGGGAGGCAGCCAGGCGCGAGCGCAAAGGUGCAGUGAAGGAAGUGCAGGGGUUAUUAGACAGACUUGAUGGCGGCUGGCGGGCGCGCGCAAUGAGUUAGCGGUUUGUUACAGUAUCCUCACAAUUAUCACUAGAGCAUCCCGCAAGAUGUAUACCCGCAGGUUUUACCGUUGCGUAUGUACCCAUGUCCCACGAAGAUCUCGUUAUCGGCCCUCGUCCUGUCGCCCAGUAACGAAGGGACUCC